UAAUCAAAAAUUAAAGCAAAACAAUAAAAAAAAAUUGUUACAAGACUUACUUAAACAAAUCUAAAAAUCUAAAAAUGACAACAGAUACCCGCCGGCGUGUUAAAUUAUAUGCGCUCAACGCGGAACGGCAAUGGGAUGAUCGUGGUACGGGGCAUGUGUCAUCUAAUUACGUAGAUCGCCUUAAAGGAAUAUCAUUGUUAGUACGAGCCGAAUCAGAUGGUUCUUUGUUAUUGGAAAGUAAAAUACAACCUGAUACUGCCUAUCAGAAACAACAAGACACACUUAUUGUGUGGUCUGAAGGUGAUAAUUUUGAUUUGGCAUUAAGUUUUCAAGAAAAAGCCGGUUGCGAUGAGAUAUGGGAAAAAAUUUGUCAGGUUCAAGGGAAAGAUCCAUCUGUUGAAAUUACACAAGAUAUUGUUGAAGAAUCAGAAGAUGAACGUUUUGAAGAUAUGUCUGACACUGCACCGCCAAUAGAAUUGCCUCCUUGUGAACUUGCACGUCUUGAAGAUAUUUCUGAAACUAUACAAAGUUGUUUAACCACACCACUGCGUAAAGAAAAAUUAUCUAUGGCAUUAGAAUCAGAGAAUUAUAUAAAGAAAUUAUUAAAUCUCUUUCAUGUUUGUGAAGAUUUGGAAAAUACAGAGGGUUUACAUCAUCUCUUUGAAAUUUUUAAAAAUAUAUUUUUAUUAAAUAAAAAUGCCCUCUUUGAAAUAAUGUUUGCCGAAGACACUAUAUUUGAUGUGGUUGGUUGUUUGGAAUAUGAUCCAAGUGCUACUCAACCCAAAAAACACCGUCAGUAUUUAAAACAGUGGGCUAAGUUCCGUGAAGCAGUUCCGAUUAAAAAUCAAGAUCUGCUCGCUAAAAUACAUCAAACGUUCCGAGUACAGUAUAUUCAAGAUAUAAUUCUACCUACACCAUCUGUUUUCGUUGAAGACAAUAUGUUAAAUACACUUUCCAGUUUUAUAUUCUUCAAUAAAGUUGAGAUUGUUACGUUAAUACAAGAGGAUGAGCGAUUAUUGGUUGAUAUGUUUAAUCUAUUAACUGAUCCCAAUACGACCGAUGCAAAGCGUCGAGAUAUUGUUUUAUUUCUGAAGGAAUUUUGCAACUAUGCACAAAAUUUGCAACCUCCAGGAAAAGAUUCUUUUUACAAGUCUCUAACUUGUUUGGGUAUUUUACAAGCGCUCGAGAUAACACUUAUGAUGCGCGAUCAAAAAACAAAAUCAGCAUCUAUUGAUAUACUGACAGCUAUUGUGGAAUUUUCUCCCCUUGUAGUGCGGAAUUAUACACUACAACAAGUUAAUCGCACUGAAGGAGAUCGAAUGCUUCUUAACAUUGCCAUCGAACAAAUGUUGACUGAUUCCGAACCUGAACUAGGUGUGGCGGUGCAAUUAAUGGGUAUAAUUAAAAUAUUAUUAGAACCCGAAAAUAUGCUAACUGAAAAAGGAGAUUUUCUGAAUUUCUUUUAUAAGCAUAGUAUACAAACUUUAAUUGCACCAUUGUUAUUAAACACAAUUGGAGAACGCCCUCAAAGUGAUGACUAUCAAACUGCUCAACUGCUGGGAAUUGUCCUAGAUAUAUUGUCAUUCUGCGUUGAGCAUCAUACUUAUCAUAUUAAAAAUUUUAUUAUACAAAAAGAUCUCCUUAAAAGGAUACUUGUCCUUAUGAAGAGUAGACAUACGUUCCUUGUGCUUGGUGCGCUCAGACUUCUAAGGAAAAUAAUUGCUCUAAAGGAUGAGUUUUACAAUAGACAUAUUGUAAAAGGUAAUCUGUUUGCACCGGUCGUUGAUGCUUUCAUAAGGAAUAAUGGAAGAUAUAAUUUACUCGAAUCUGCUAUUUUGGAAUUAUUUGAGUUUAUAAAACUUGAAGAUAUAAAAACUUUAUGUGUUUAUUUUGUUGAGAACUUCAGUAAAAUAUUUGAUGAAAUCGAAUAUGUACAAACAUUUAAAUACUUAAAGAAUCGAUAUGAUCAGUAUCAGGAUAGAAUAAAGGAUCGCGAUAAGAUGUCGCUCGAUUCAAGCGGUGGUAUACCAAUUAUACGUGGUGGUCGUUUUAGACGCGAUCAGCGACAAAUGGAAGAGGAGGAAGAAAUGUGGUUUAAUGAAGAGGAAGAUUUUGCUGAGGAAUUAGACACAUAUAACAACGUAAUGAAAUGUAAGAUUUAA